CUUCUCUUCUUCUCGUUUAGCCAACGGAGGGACAGAGACCCAUUUGUAGUCGUCAAGUUCUUUCUUUUACUGUGAAAAAUCUUCAAUGGCGGCCACUCUCUCCCUCCCCAACAAUCACUCUCUGCCCUCUCUCCUCUCCCCAAAAACCCCAUCUUCCCAAGCGCCACCAUCAUCCCUGUUGAUCCCCAGAUCCUUGCAUUCCCAGUUUCAUGGCAUCCGGCUGUCCACUCCCACCUCUCUGCCCCUGGCGUCUUCUUCCUCUGCCAAAAGCUGCAUCUUUGCCAAGGUGAACAAAGGGCGGGUGCCGCCGUCCUUCACGCUGAAAAACCAGGACGGGAAGCCUGUGAGCCUGUCGAAGUUCAAGGGGAAGCCUGUGGUUGUCUACUUUUACCCUGCAGAUGAGACCCCCGGCUGCACCAAACAGGCAUGUGCUUUCAGAGAUUCUUAUGAGAAGUUCAAGAAAGCCGGAGCUGAGGUGGUUGGAAUAAGUGGGGAUGACCCAUCUUCACACCAGGCUUUUGCAAAGAAGUACAGACUCCCAUUUACAUUACUGAGUGACGAGGGCAACAAGGUGAGGAAAGAGUGGGGCGUGCCAGCAGAUCUCUUUGGAGCAUUGCCAGGAAGACAGACGUAUGUCCUUGACAAGAAUGGGGUGGUCCAGCUAAUCUACAACAACCAGUUCCAACCAGAGAAGCACAUCAAUGAGACGUUGAAGCUCCUGCAAAGCCUCUAAAUUUGAUCCCAUUUAAUUCAUGUACUUCUUGUAUUUAUUCAUAUCAUAUCACGACGAAGUCGCUAGACUUUAUAUGUAUCUAGUUUCAAUUAGCUUUAAAUACUCACUUUUGGAACCUCUCACCUCUCAUCAUGAGAAAUGUGAUCGGAUUCGCAUACUAUUUAUCCUUACUAAUGCAAAGUUCAAUUUUUGAAGUUGAA